UUGUUAACGGAAGCAUUGGGUCCGUCUAGGGUUUCUAGUUUUCUCAAUUGCAUCACUGACAUCUCGAUCGAUUGAAUCAUCGAUCACCGUUAGGUUUCCAAACCUCAUCGAUCUCUCUGGAAAUGAACUCUGCUUCGAGUCAAAUGUCCGUCGAAGGAGAUUCGACGGUGGAAGUGGAACGAGUAGCAGAAGCAGGAGAAGAAGAGGAUGCGUUCAUCGCUUUCAUCGAUUACGCUAGGUCAGUUUUGGCGCCCGAAGGAGAAGAACAAGGAGGAGGAGAUCACGAUUCGAAUGGUAACGGGGGAGAGCUGAAUGGGCCCGGAUGGAACUGGAUCGCCUCUAGGAUCCUCAGGACUUGCAUUUCUUAUUCAAGCGGAGUCACGUCUGCGAUUUUGCUCUCGGAACUGUCUCAGGCCUGGAACGAACAACACAGGUCUGGUGCUCUAAAGAGAAGGCCAGAGUUCAUUGAUCAGUUAAAAAAGAACCAUCGCAGAGUAAAGCUUCCGAACACAGUUACCAUUGAUUCAAUCUAUGAGAAGAAUUUCUUAUCCUUGAGUGGCGUUCUAGAAGCUCUUAUAAUAGAUGCUUUAGUUCUUCCAGGUACAAAUAUCUACAUGCUUACUUUGGGGGACUUUUGGAGUUCCAAUACCAUAGACCUCUAUUUACACCGCAGAUUCUACAACUUAGUAGAUCCUGUCAAUGGAAUUCUGAAGAAAGGGAGAGAAGUUUUCCUCACUGGAUGCUAUCUUCGAACUGCCACUGAAGGCUCUGGCUAUCCACGACUCUUACCAACAGAAUACCUUGUAAUACUAUUAGAUGAGGAUCAAGAUGAUGAUGCAAUGCUGCUAGGAGCUCAGUUUUGUUCAGAUUCUUUCUCAUCCAUUUCGCUUGAUGCAGUUGCCCAAGGGGUUUCCUAUUCAUUAUAUGCUAGGAUUGAAUCAAUUGGGUUACUAGAAAUUCAGGGAAAUUUUCGUAGUUUACAGAGGAAACAAAUCACUCUUGUUGAUAAUGAUGGUGUCAAGCUAAAAUUUCUAUUGUGGGGCGAGCAAAUUCUCCUUGCUAAUCUUUUCAGUGUAGGAAGUAUGCUUGCACUGGAUAGACCAUUUAUUGCAAGUUCAAUGGAUAGUGCUAUUGGAACAUGUGAGGAACUUUGUCUUGAAUAUGGUAGUGCAACGCAAUUAUAUCUGGUGCCAUUUAUCCAACAUGAGGAACAAGUGUGUGUAGCGCUGACUCAAAAUCGGUACCAAGGAUCAAGGCUAUUUAGUGCAUUAGAUCCAACUCAGGGUCCUAAAGUUUCUCAAGUGACUUUGCUGCGUGAUUCUCAGGGGUCAAUUGAUUUCAGUAAUUAUCCUUUUCGAUCAUUUGUGAUGGAUCUUUGUGACAAGAUGACUGGCAUUGGCCUCUAUGGUGUUGUUACAGACGUAUUUCGAGAAAGAAAUACAACUGAAGCUAUUUUCUCUUUAAGAAUUGAAGAUCAAACUGGAGUAAUUUGGGCAAAGCUGCAUUUUGCAAAGUCCUGGUCAUUGGGAAGAUUAGGCCUUGGUCACACGAUUUACAUUUCUGGCUUGACAUGUGCAAUGACAAAACAAAAAAUACUUGAAGUAUUAUGGUUCGAGAAUGAUGGUGGAGCUUCUAUCAUCAAUAUUAGUAGCUUGCCAGCAUUGCUGAACUCAUCUUGUCUCCAUAAGCUAUCAUUCCUCUCCAAUCUAUCCAACCAGACUAGAAGUAUACAUGUAUGUCGAGUUUGGCUUGAUCAGAUUGAACAUUGUCAUGUGAACACGAGAUUUUCACAUGCUCUCUGUGGUCGUUUUGUUAAAAAGCCACCUUGCGGGUUCGUUGAAUGCAAUUUCUGUCAUUACAGUUGUGAUACCGAAAUUGUGCGUACUUUCCAUUUGAAAAUAACCCUUGCAGACGAGAGUGCAAAGGUUUUUGCAUGGUGUACUGGUCCAACUGCUACAGAGUUGCUGCAAAUAUCUCCUGAUGAAUUCUACGAACUACCUGAGGAGGAGCAAGUAAUGUACCCUUCUUCGCUUGAGAGUGAAAAGUUCAUGGUUGCAAUGGUGAACUGCAGGAGGCAGGGGCAUGGGCAUGGACUCAGUGAGGGUGUUACCACAGGAGAUGGUGCAAUUGUAUGGGAAAUAACUCGUGCCUUAAAGUGUGAAUAGCCAUGUUUUUGUGAUGGAAAAUAUUUUGGUGUGUCCGUAUUCAGGCACAAUGAAAUUGAAAAUGGCCAUAUUUAUAGAAUAAUUGAUGGAUCAUGAUUGUGAGUAUCUUCCAAGGACAUUUAUACGCAUGCAGUUUUGGGCCAUAGGUUCAAGGGAGAUGAAUUGUGAGCUUUUGGCUCUGGCAGUUCUUCAGGAAAAUGCAUUUAUUCUGUGGCAUUCCAGAAAGACUGGGAAAGGGAUUUAAGGCCCUCGAAUUUUUUGUUUUUGUUUUUCUUUGUUUUUUAGUUUUUGUUUUUUUGGUUUUUAUUGAGGGGAAAUCUCAAGCUGUUGCUAUCAGAAGAUUGAAGUGUACACAUGCUGCCGCACACACUGAAUUCCAUUCUGAUAGCUGGCCCAAAGGAUUCUAUGAAACAAUUCCCACACUACAGUAUAUCUCAAAGCUUAAAAGUCUUCUUGCCCUCCACUCCAACCACCUUGAGAAUAAAGUUCUUCAGUCCAUUUUUUCUUUGUUCAAUGCAGUAUUUGGAAGUCCAAACAAUAAAGGACUUGGAUUGAUAAAGUG